GUUCCACCAGGGCGGCUUCGCGCGCCUUGUGAUGAAUUUGAAAACAUGGCACUGGUCCGCGUUUGAAGAGCGCGUGCAUGAGCGCGAGCGUUUUGUAACCGUGUUUUCAAACCCGCCCUUUUCGAAAAGUGGUGCUGUGCCGAGCGAAGUCCAGGAACACGGUUUGAGGCUGGCGCUUCCCGGGCAACUCGACAUCAUGGUCAAGACAACAAAGCCGUCCGCCGACCUUUCCCUGAAGUCGGUGCUGCUGGCCCAAACGGACAGGGACAUGCACCACGUCGAAAACCGAGUGGCUAGUUUCAAGCACUGGCCGCUAACUGGCGACUGCAUGUGCACGCCGGCGCGGAUGGCCGCCGCCGGUUUUUAUCAUUGCCCUACAGAUAACGAGCCCGACCUUGCUCGAUGCUACGUUUGCCUCAAGGAGCUGGACGGCUGGGAGCCGAAUGACGACCCAUUCAAAGAACACUCGCGCUCGGCGAACUGUGCCUUCGUUCGCUUGGGCAAGAAAGCGGAAGACAUUACAGCGCUGGACUUCCUCAACCUCGAGAAGGCCCGCGCCAGGAACAAGGCCCAGAAGUACAUCGAGGUGCAAAAGGCCGAACUGGGAGAGGACAUGCGCAAGGUCAAGUAUGAACUGGACAAAGUGCGGAGGAAGAAGCGCUGACCGUCUGCGUGUGUUGUGUACUACAGGGCGUCAGCGAUGUUGUGCUUUAACCUUUUUAAACAUGCGUGGCUUUUAUUAAACAAUGCCGCUCAUUUUAUUUUAACGCUACCUUAAUGUUUGACCUUUAGCUGGCCAGCAAAAUUUUGGCUUUUGCAACCAUCGCUUACUGAGCUGCAAAAAGAAAAUGGGAUGCAGUUCCGCCACAGCUCCCAAGUACUUUUGUCAAGUGGCCGGCUGCAGACUGCACAAGCGUCCGCAGAUGGCUGCCUCGCGGCAGCGGCUAGGUUCCACUUUUACCGAGUAUGCUUGGUCUCAUUGCGACAAUGACCUGUGCAUUUUUUUUUUUUUUUUGCAAAAGAUGGCUACAAACUGGACCAAUUGACCACUCUAUACAAGUGAGAUUCCAACUGUAAGAGUGCCUGGAAUAAUGUCAGCAAGAGCUCAAAGCCUGCUCUGUGAACGUUCUCUUGGUGCAGCAAUGCAGCUGCUUGCAAGCACAAUAAAUACACUCAACAACA